AUGACUCGCAUCGGCUGGUAUGGCCUAGGCUCCAUGGGCCUAGCCAUGGCCACCAAUCUCCAAAAACACCUAGCGACCAAAAACGCUAUGAAUCUAAUCUACUCGAACCGGACAAUGGCACGCGGUGACCCUCUCAAGACCCUAGGUGCUACCCCAGAGACCAGCUUCGCCAAACUAGUCGGUCAAUGCGGGAUCAUCUUCACCAUGGUCUCCAAUGACUCAGUCCUCCAACAACUGAUCACAUCCGCCAUUGGAUCGGGACAUUCUCUCCGCGACAAGAUCUUCGUAGACUGCUCGACCGUUCACCCCGAAACGGUGGGUCUAACUGUCUCUAAGCUGAAAGAACAGCAAGCAUCUUUCCUGGCGGCACCUGUGUUCGGCGGUAAUCCGAUUGCAGUGGACGGAAAGCUCGUCUUUGCCAUUGCCGGGCCGAAGAAGGCCUCGGAGGUGGUCAAGCCGUUGAUCCAGGAUGUCAUGGGUCGCAAGGUGAUCGAUUGUGGCGAGGAUGCGACUAAGUCGUCACUUUUGAAAAUUGCUGGAUUGACGACUGGUGCGUAUGCGCCGCCACUGGAAUCUCGGCCUGGAUUUGGGGUGUCUCUUGCUAUCAAGGAUGCGAACCAUGCAUUUGCUAUGGCCAAGGAACAUAAUGUUGAACUUCCCGGUCUGAAGGUCGCGCAUGAGAACAUGGUAGCUGCAAGGGAGUAUGCUGGCGAGUGUCUGGAUAGCAGCUCAAUGUAUGGUGUUCUGCGUCAGAAGGCGGGAAUGGCUUUCUGGAAUGAGAAGAGUCGGAAGGAGUGA